AUGGCUCGCUUCAAUUUUCUCACGACCCUUUUUAUGGGAAGUACACUUGUCUUCCAGGCUCUAGCUCAGAAGAACACCACCGUAAUACUCAAGUCCCUUCCCAAGUGCGCACCCAAAGCUCCAACUGCCCUCGUUCCAGAAUGCUGGAUCGAGCUCGAAGUUGAAAAGUAUCUGAUAGACUGGUGGGCCACCAACGAAGCUUCUUGCGGAUCUCUCGGCUUUGCUCAGUGUUUCCUCAAGAACAACAGGUAUCCCGGUCUCACCUGUGAUGAAAUCACCGUUGAUACAUGUCCACCUAUUGACACCAAUGGUGACUUCGACUCUCAGCAGCAGUUCUAUGCUCUUUGGAACAUUUACGCCAUUCACCAGUUCUUCACUCAGUAUAGCCAAGCGCUGAGUAACUCUGUCUCCCUGGCAGCUGGCCAGAUCGGUGAUAUUGUCUACACCGUGAACCCACCCAAGGAGGCAAAGGUCAGCAAGAAUCUCAUUGCUGUUAUCCUUGGAGCCACCAUCGGCGAGUUUGGAGCUACCAAGGAGCUUUUAGGAAACUGGCAGUCGAAAAUGAUUCUUGCUGGAAUUCAAGGCCUUGCAGCUCAAGGCGGUGGUAUCAUCACCUGGCUCGGCAACAAGAAUUCCAACAACUACCUCCAAGAGUCAAUGCAGAUCGCGGAUCUGUCGGCUUCACUGUCUAGUCAGGUAAAGGAUUAUCAGGGAACGCUUGGUACGGCUAUCAAGACGGCUCAGGCCAACGUCACCCAGUUCCUUGCGCUCACGAAAGAGGGAGGCUUUACACAGCGUGGCCUGACUUCCUUAACGGCUCAGAUGGAUGGUAUCUACAAGAAUCUGGUCAACUAUAUCUACAGCAGCGCGUUGCAAGCCAACGGCAUCUUCUUGACGAAGCAGUACAGCACUGACCCGGUUCAGAUGGCUUCGAGCGCGGGUGAUAAGCUUGUUAACUGCACUGGCCUUGACUCGAAUAACACUUGCGACCAGUAUUGGGUCCACGAUGGGAACGUUUACUCAUUUGGCAAGGUUGACGAUUGUGGUUGGCGUUUCACCGAGAUGUUGUAUACAACGCUUCAGAAGGGCUGGCUCACGCCCGAGGCCUUGUUCCUUGGGUCUGAUGCUUGUGCCGGAAAUCAACCGUUCUUUGACGGGACUGCGUUCACGAUGAACUGUACUGUAAGAGGCCUUGCCUGCUGCUUUUAUGCUUCGGGAUGGGGCUGCUAA